UUGCCCAAAGGAUGGCACCGGACCACAGAAGCGCAUUUCGCGCCUCGGUUUUACUGGCUUGUGUGAUAAUCUGCAGCAACGUGCUAUGUCCCGUCGGUGCUUAUCUCUACAACAACCGCUACGCAGGUGAUCAAAUCUUUCGGAUAACUCCAGGUGACGAUGAGGAGGUCCAAGUGCUGAAGAAGAUGCUGGCGCAUAUGAAGGUGGACUUGUGGCAGCCCAACAGUGUCUCUCUGAUCUGUCACAACGCCACUGUGGACGUACACGUGAAACGUAAUGACACAAGAAGCCUACGUGCACGCUUAAAGCAGGAACACAUUUAUUUUCGGGUGUUCAUCUCCAAUCUACAGAAGGAAAUUGAAAAGCAGACGGGAUCUCGCUCCUCUCGCAGGCGGAGGUCAGAGUCUCAGUAUGACUACGAGGUUUACCACUCUCUGGAAGAGAUUCAGAGUUGGAUGUUUGACAUGAACAGAACCCAACCGGACCUGGUCGACAUGUUCUCCAUCGGGAAGUCGUACGAAGGAAGGCCGCUCUAUGUGCUUCAGCUAGGAAAGAGAAGUCGUCCCCAGAAGAAAGCCGUGUGGAUCGACUGCGGAGUUCACGCCAGAGAGUGGAUCGGACCCGCCUUCUGCCAGUGGUUCGUCAAAGAGGCUAUUAACUCGUACAAGUACGACUCUGGGAUGAGACGCCUGCUCAACCAGCUCAACUUCUACAUCAUGCCUGUCUUCAAUGUGGAUGGAUAUGACUUCAGCUGGACCACGGAUCGCUUCUGGAGGAAGACGCGCUCCAAAAAUCACAAGUUUCACUGCCGGGGAGUGGACGCCAACAGAAACUGGAAAGUGAAGUGGUGUGACGAAGGUGCCUCCUCCCAUCCCUGCGAUGACACUUACUGCGGCCCCUUCCCUGAGUCGGAACCCGAGGUCAAGGCCGUCGCCAAGUUCCUGCGCAAGCACAAAAAGCGCGUAAAGGCAUACAUCUCCAUUCACGCCUACGCCCAGAUGCUGCUGUACCCCUACUCCUACAAGUACGCCACUAUCCCCAACUUCAACUGUGUGGAGUUGGCAGCUCACAAUGCAGUGACAGCCCUGUACUCUGCCUACGGAGUGAAGUACAGAUAUGGACCUGCCUCCACAACCCUGUAUGUUAGCUCAGGCAGCUCUAUCGACUGGGCCUACAGGAACGGGAUCCGCUAUGCGUUUGCAUUCGAGCUGAGGGACACGGGAUACUUCGGCUUCCUCCUGCCCGAAUCUCUCAUCAAUCCGACGUGCACUGAGACAAUGAGGGCUGUGAAGGCCAUCGCAUCGGGCCUGCUGAAGAAGUGCGAGACGGGCCGGGACAGAUUUCCAUAUAUAUGACCACGCUCUAGGUCCCUGUAGCCUCCCACCCUCACAGCUACUUAUCUCCACACCUCAUAUUCCUCUGAGGUUUCAUAUUAAUCUCAGAUAUCAUCAAGGGAAGAGCGGCUGAGAACCACAAAAACAUGGAUUUUAAUUCGUUUUUCCUUGUUUUUUGAAAUUCUUCGCCUUCUUUUUUUUUUUGUAAAGAUAUGAACUGAUGGUGGUGGAGGUUUUCCUUGUGCUAGAAACCAAAAAUCCUAUAAGCGACCAGGCUGUUUUACGCACAGAGAGCAUCCUGGUGUAUCGAUGCCUUUUGAGUUCGGAGCUUGAAUGUGGACCAGGAUUCUUUCCAGCAUGUAUUCCUCUCUUUGUCGCCCAAGAUUGAACUGUUGCUCUCCACUUACAAAGAAGAAUAGCACAGAUUAAACUAUAAAAUAAGCUUUUUUACAGCGAAUGGCAGUCAUAUAAGCACUUGAUACAACAGCACUU